GACACCCGGAAGUACCACCCGGAAGUAUCUUCGGGCGCGUGGCGUGGCGUGGCGUGGCGCUGCGUUGCCGGAGACGUCGCCGUUAUGGGCCGCAAGAAGAAGCGCAAUGCCGACGACCGGCGGCCUCGGCUCGUGCUCAGCUUCGACGAAGAGAAGCGGCGGGAGUACCUCACAGGUUUCCACAAACGAAAGGUGGAACGGAAGAAGAUUGCUAUUGAGGAGAUCAAGCAGCGGCUCAAGCAGGAGCAGAAGAAACUAAGGGAAGAGCGCCACCAGGAAUACUUGAAGAUGCUGGCAGAAAGAGAGGAGGCGCUGGAAGAGGCAGAUGAACUGGACAGGCUGGUGACAGCAAAGACAGAGUCCGUGCAGUAUGACCACCCCAACCACACAGUCACCGUGACCACCAUCAGCGACCUGGACCUCUCAGGGGCCCGGCUGCUCGGACUGUCCCCACCUGAGCAAGGGGCAGAGGAGGAAGCACCAACUGCGGACAAGCUGACCAGAUCUUUACCCCGGAAAUCCAGAGACCCCCUGCUGUCCCAGCGGAUCUCCUCUCUCACGGCAUCCCUGCACGCACACAGUCGCAAAAAGGUCAAGAGGAAACAUCCUCGGCGGGCACAGGACUCCACAAAGAAGCCCCCGAGUGCCACUCGUACCAGCAAGACCCAGCGCCGUCGACUGACGGGCAAAGCCCGGCACAGUGUGGAGUGAGUCCUGAGAACCAGGCCCCAGGGAAGGGGCUGCUUGUCUCCACUGGCUGCUCCGGGGCCUGAGUGAGAGCACUCCACGGCUCAGCACCUUUGCAGCCUGGGCUUGGACCCCAGGUGGAGCCUUCUGAGCCAGGUUGGGGCUCUUCUCAUUAAACCCCACUUGACGUAUCAGGUUUGUGAAACCAAA